AUGAUCCUAGCCCUUAUAGUGGUAAAAGGAACCUUGGAGACUCCAGUUGUUGAAGAAAUCUUGUUCACUCCAGUGGUAGAUGGAACCUUGGACACUCCAGUGGUAGAAGGAACCUUGGACACUCAAGUGGAAGAAGGAACCUUGGACACUCCAGUGGUAGAAGGAACCUUGGACACUCAAGUGGAAGAAGGAACCUUGGACACUCAGGUGAAAGAAGAAACCUCGGACACUCCAGUGGUAGAAGGAACCUUGGACACUCAAGUGGAAGAAGGAACCUUGGACACUCCAGUGGUAGAAGGAACCUUGGACACUCAAGUGGAAGAAGGAACCUUGGACACUCAGGUGAAAGAAGAAACCUCGGACACUCCAGUGGUAGAAGGAACCUUGGACACUCAAGUGGAAGAAGGAACCUUGGACACUCCAGUGGUAGAAGGAACCUUGGACACUCAAGUGGAAGAAGGAACCUUGGACACUCAGGUGAAAGAAGAAACCUCGGACACUCCAGUGGUAGAAGGAACCUUGGACACUCAAGUGGAAGAAGGAACCUUGGACACUCAAGUGGUAGAAGGAAUCCUGGACACUCCAGUGGUAGAAGGAAUGCAAGGAAGAGGAUUGGCCGCUGCUACCCACAGCACAGUCAUUAUGUUCCAUCUUGUCAUGUUUUCACCUCCUCCUGUCACUGCAUCUCCUCCCUCUCCUCGCUUUACAUCUCCCUCUCUUCUUCCUCCUCAUUGCUCCACAUCUUUUCCUGCCACAGCAUCUAUGAAACAUCCAACUGCAAGCUCCUCCCCUGUUCCAAAUCCAACUCCCAGCUCUCCCAUCUUCUUCAGGGGAGAGCACCAUAUCCUCUUAAACUUUUAUCCAUGUGUUCUACUGUUCCAGGAUCUUACAUAUCAGAGUAAGGAACAUUUGUAUUAG